AUGGAACUUAAUAAGAAUGAAAAGAAAAAAAAAGAUGAUGAAGAUGAUUGGGAACUUCAUCCAUUAUUUUUAUCUAAAAUUCCUAAAAAAAAUGAUAUAGAUAAGAAUGCAGCUCUGUCAGCUUUAAUAACAUUAAUUAACGAAGAAGAAGAAAAAGAAGUUUAUAACUAUGAACCAAGAAGAAAAAAUCUAAGAAAAAAAAUAACCGAAAGAGGAGAAAUCAUUCAUAAAAAAGAUAGAAGAAAUAUGUUUGAACCUUAUCAAAAUUAUAAAGAUAUAAAAUCUUUUGAUAAGAAAAAUAAUUUCAAUAAAGAUAAUUUAAUUAAUGAUAAUACACAAAUGAAUUUAAAUGUAAAUAAUAAUAUAGAUCAAAAUAUUAAUUAUAUACAAGAUGAUAAUAAUAUAUCCAAUCCUGAUACAACUAAUAACACAAGAAAAGAUGGAGAUGAAACAACUAUGGGUGAAUUAUUAGUUUGUUUGAAUAUGAUAAACUUAAAAUGA